CUAACGACCUAAGUUUCAUGAAGUCUACCAUGAUUGCCGAACGGCUGAUCACGGGUGAUAUUCGUUUAAUUUAUAAGUGAAAAUCAACAUUUCCUGAUGUUAAACAGCUCCAAGAUUUGAUAGAAGAAUGUGUAUGAGAAUCUGAACCAUGCCAAGUAUAGGUCUUUCAAUAAGACCUUCGAAUUCCUCGUGUUUGUUGCUCACUGACUAUAUACUGCUCGUUGAAUUGAAAGCAUACCUACGCAUUCUGACUACAAGUCUUUCCCCUUCGCUCUUGGCCUGUCGUGGCAUAAAGAUAAUGGAAUUGCGCAGCAGUCAGAGCGGUAUGCCACCUCUAAAAAGCUCAACAGCCACCAACCAUGGAUACGAAACUGCCUUCGAAGAAGCCACCAAACCAGUCAGUAACGAUGAAUACGGAGCGUUUCAAUCAAAGGAUCCGAUUAUGGUCGUUUCCACUCGCAAAGGGGACGUUGCUUUGAGCGGCGGAACGAGUCCUCGGAGCGUGAAGAUCGACCAUCCAACCUCUUACAUAGGGACGCUGAUGCAUCUAUUCAAAGGUAACGUCGGUGCUGGAAUGUUCGCCCUUGGAGAUGCCUAUAAAAAUGCCGGGCUGAUACUGGCACCACCGCUGACCAUAUUCCUUGGAGUUAUAUGCGUUCAUGCUCAACACAUCUUGCUUCGUUGCAGCGAAGAAAUGUCUAGGCGGCUCGGAAAUGAUGCUGUGCAAAAUCCCGGCUUCGCUGGAACCGUGGAACUGUGUUUCGCUACAGGGCCGCUCAAGUUGCGGAAAUAUUCCAUCACAAUGAGAAAGUUGGUCAACUUAUUCUUAUGUACGACGCAACUAGGAUUUUGUUGCGUUUACUUUGUAUUCAUUUCUUCAAACGUGAAACAGGUGAUGGACGUACACGGAGUAGAAUGGGACGUACAUGUGCACAUGGCUAUUGUGCUUAUUCCAAUACUUCUCACUACUUGGGUGCGAAAUCUAGAAUAUAUGAUACCGAUAUCCUCGGUGGCGAAUUUCCUUAUGGUGGGAGGAUACGCUUGUACGAUCUACCUUUUAUCGUACGACUUGCCAUCGAUUACACAGGAACGUAAAUACAUAGCAUCUUGGAAUACACUUCCGUUGUUCUUUAGCACGGUUAUCUACUCUUUCGAAGGUAUCAGUCUGGUAUUACCUUUGAAGAAUGAGAUGAAGAAGCCUCGCAACUUUGACAAACCCCUGGGUGUAUUGAACGUAGGGAUGGUUCUAGUGUCAGUCAUGUUUGUUUCGACAGGUUUUCUAGCUUAUCUCAAGUAUGGCGAUCUCGUUGAAGGAUCCGUGACUCUAAAUCUUGAUAAAGAGCAAAUAUUAUCCCAGUGCAUUAAAAUAGCCAUCUGUUUGGGGAUACUGUUCUCAUAUGCCCUACAAUUUUACGUGCCCGUGGAAAUUAUAUGGCCGUUAAUUAUUGACAAAUUUGGGCCUUUUCAAUGUCCCGCUGUUGCUGAGAUUGCCUUUCGGUCAGUUCUCUGCCUUUUUACGUUCGCCCUGGCAGCGGCUAUCCCUCGACUCGACCUAUUCAUAUCUUUGGUGGGUGCUGUAAGUAGUACCGCAUUGGCGUUACUAUUCCCUCCGAUCAUCGAGAUGGUCGUAGGCUGGCAGGACUCCACCCUUAGCAUCUGUACCUUUGUAAAGGACAUCCUGAUUAUAGUAAUAGGGUUGUUGAUAAUAAUCAUUUCAGAAACUAUAAACUCGGAAGUACCUUUUGCCUCAUCUAUUUGUACGGCAGCCUGCGAAUCACCGUCUUCCUGCCAUUGGUUUAGAGCAAGUCGCUUCUGAAUACGAGAACAUUUUGAACAAUGAUGGUUGCGCUUUGACCAGCAAGCACGGUGAUAGACUGUCGAACACUCAGGACAAGAAAUGGAACCAGCAUCCCAAGGAUAUAUGACUUCAUCAUUACCGCAUAACUCGCACAAAUGACCCCUGUAACGUAAAAUAAGUAAUGAAAGAUGACAGCAUAGAGCAAUGAAUUAACGUUAAAUAUUAUCAGAAGA